GCGCCUUCAUUGACGUUAGCUGUCGGUGCUGUUGACAGCAGUUCAGCAUGAGUUCAGCAUGAGCUGUUUGCGGUUCCAGGAGCGUUUCUUCAGUCGUUACAGUUGCUAAGUAAGUUGGACCGGUACCGUGACCUCAGCUAAUGCUUGGGCGGCCUUUUUCAGUUACGGUGUUUUGUUUACUCGCCGGCUUUCAAACACACAAGUGCCUGAAGAAAUGCAGAGAAUGAAGUCUCUGAAAAGUGUCUGGCACUUGCUGAAGUCAAGCUGCGAAGGAGCUGCAAAACAACUACACACUUCGCCGUCAACUUUAAGAAACUAUAGUAAAGGCCCCAAUUCCUUUGGGCUUCUGUUUGACAUUGAUGGGGUGUUGGUGCGCGGGACGACACCAAUUCCUGCAGCCAAGCAGUGCUUCAGGAACCUGGUGGACCGAAACGGGAAAUACAAGGUGCCAGUGGUGUUUGUCACUAACGCUGGCAACUGCAUGAGGGAGACCAAAGCUGAACAUCUAUCACAUUGGCUGGAUGUGGAGGUGUCUCCAGACCAGGUGGUGCUCUCUCACAGUCCUCUGCGAAUGUUCGAAAAGUUCCACAAAAUGUGUGUGCUUGUAUCGGGACAGGGCCCCGUGGAGGAGGUUGCUCAUAACCUUGGCUUUCGGGAUGUUGUAACUAUAGACAUGCUUAGAGAGGCAUAUCCACUUCUGGAUGUGGUGGAUCACAACAGAAGACCCAAGGGGCGUAUUCCACCCACCAAAGGCUUAAGGCCAAUAGAUGCUGUCAUCUUGUUUGGUGAGCCAAUAAGAUGGGAGACCAACCUUCAGCUUAUUGUUGAUGUACUUCUAACCAGCGGGAACCCAGACAAUAACUGGGCUCCCAUGCAGUACCCUCACAUCCCCGUCCUGGCCUGUAACAUGGAUAUAUUGUGGAUGGCUGAGGCGAAGAAUCCCAGGUUUGGCCAUGGCAUGUUCUUGGUGGCUUUAGAAAGCCUGUACAAGAAGGUCACAGGCUAUGAGCUGAAGUACGAGGCUCUGAUCGGCAAACCCAGUGUGGUGACUUAUAACUACGCUGAGCUGCUGGUCCGACAGCAGGCUGAGAGACUUGGCUGGACCUCACCCGUGAAAAGACUGUAUGCUGUGGGUGAUAACCCCAUGGCUGACAUAUAUGGCGCCAACCUGUACAACAACUACCUCCAGAACUCUCUAAGACGCAGGAUGCAGGCUAAGAGUGGUAAAGGAGGAGGAGAUUCUUUAGGAGAAACUGUCGAUUGCAGCCCUACUGCAUCUGAUGGUUAUGGGGCUAAGGAGGACCUCCCUGAGGGGUGCAGCUCCAUACUGGUGUGCACAGGUGUGUACAGCAGAGAUCAGCAGGACCCGGUGUCCGAGCCAACAGGCACUGGCAACGACCAGCAGGUCUUUCACGGCCACCGGGACUUUCGUUUUAACUCCAGCUUCAUGCAGCCGUCUUUUGAGGUGCAUGAUGUAAAGGACGCGGUGGAGCUGGUGUUCCAGCAGGAAGGCUGGCCUUUAGAGUAAAAUGCACCUCCUAUGCUCAGGUCCAAAAGCUUCAACACCUCUCAAUCUUUUUACUCUUUGAUCUAUGCGCCUCUCGGGUGAGUUGUAGCUAUUAAUGUAGCCACUGUAGAUUUUCAUGAAGUGCCCAUUGAAUCAGAUGUGACAAUCUGCAGUUUUCACACUAAAUAUAGGACAGUGGGGUGUUUUUUUUGUCUUUCGUGCACGAUAGUGAAGUUUUAUAGUUUUAUGUUUUUUUACAACCCAAGCUACAUCAACAAAGAGAACACAGAUGUUAUCUAGGUGUUAAGUUACGUGCUUUUACUACACUGACUUUUAUAAUUUAAUUGAAAGUUCAUAAAAUGAGAUGAGUAAGUGUUUUAAAUUACAAGUGAUUUCUAGCACAGAGCCUAGACAAAAGAAACAGCACUGUGGGUCCAUGACAGCACAGCCACCCCAACCCCCCCACACACAGUUUUUCACAAGACCAGUUCUGCUGUUUGUUUUUCCUGCUAUCGUAUUUCAGCUUGGUUUGACUAUGAGACUGUAUUUAAAAUAAAGCUGUCAGGAUUCAGGUUGGUACCUUUAUAGAACGGCUUUGGCUUAUUUUGUCAAAUUGUUAAUGAAUCACAAUGACUGAUUAAUGUCUUAGAGGAUGUUUUAAGGGAAAGUGGAACCACUGACAGUUCCAUAAAGUGCUGGUCUGUUUUGUUUAUAAUAGGCAUAAUGUGUGAUUUGCACGUUCAUACUGUGGAAGUCUGGCGAUGUGUUGUAUAAGCCAUACUGUAUAUGAAAGGAUGAUUCGUUUUGAGUAAAAAUACUGUGUAUGUUGUGAUACAAUCUCGGCAAAGGUGUUGUUUGUAAUAGUGGAACCAUCAUCACAUUCAUCAACUGUCACAUUCAGAAGAUUAUUGGAAAAUAAAUUUGACAAGCAAC